GCUCGUCUCUUUUGGUGGAGUGACACUUUGACCCUCGGAAUUCAUUCAUCAAUCCUGAUCAGGGAAAUACCGGGAGGAACUUGUAUAAAAGGAAGCGUUCUUCCAACUUCCGACACAUCUCAUCUGGAGCUAGCAUCUUCAGCAGGCAGCAAGCAGUCAUGAUUUCAGUCAUUGUUUUCGCUAUUGCAUUUGUUGCAGCAAAUGCUCAAGCACCUGUUCCCAUCAGAGAUUAUCGUGUCAAUCCCUACUAUGAUGAGCGCCCAAAACCAUACGCCUUCAGCUAUAAUGCCCCACUGGACGAUGGAGUGGGACAGAGCUCCAGAACCGAAACUGCAGAUGGAUCCGGUAGAGUCCAGGGUUCCUACACACUGAACAACGACGAAGGCCACUUCAGAGUUGUUGAAUAUGUGGCAGACCAGGAUGGCUUCAGAGCUGUGGUUCGUACCAACGAACCAGGUACAGACAACAAGAAUCCCGCUGAUGUUGUCAUUGAAUCUUCAGCCGCACCAGUUCAGUAUGCUCCAGUAUAUCGUCAACCCGUUGUAGCUCCAGUAGUAGCACCUAUUAUUGAACCAGCUGUUGUACCUGAACCUGUUCGUCGUCCUGUAUAUCGCCGACCUGCUGUCUAUCCUGCCAGAAAUUAUGCUUACAGGCCGAACAGGCCAUAUUAGAAUACCCUCCUAAGAAUCUGGGAAAACGUUUUCAUUGUUGACAACAACCAUUAUAUUCUAUGUUCUGUUUGACUACCAUGUAGUCUCUUUUCAAGCUAUUGUUUAAUGUAUCGGUGUGCAAAUUGGUUAUUCGUCUCUUUCUUGGCUUCUUUCUUCUGGCAUCUUUCAACUACUUCCGUGAAUGCUUGUUAUAUGAACAAUUCUCAUGCAGCUUCCUUCAUUCAUUUAGACAUAUUCCUGUUUGCAAUAUUACCUGCCUUCACUUUAUUCUAGAUAAUAAGGUUUAGCGUUUGCAAAAUGAGAUUACUACGCCAUUAGCGUACAAAAAAUAAAAUUCUUCUUUGCGCUUGGCUCUACUUUUUUACAAACUUUUUUUCAGGAAAAUGUUGUUGUUACAUGUUAAGUGGCGUUAAGCCUUAACUGUAUAUUUUAUAAAAAAUAAAUUUUAUGAUUUAUUAAAA